CUGGUGCGAUUUGAGAGAGAUUUCGGUGCGAUUUGGAUUUUCGGAGAGUUCGAGAGCGCUUUUUUGGGAUCCCCCAACAAAAGCAUUUUUUUCUGCAGGUAUUCCAGGUGGAGGAAAGUGCUUUUAAGCAUAUUCUCCACCCCAAACAUGGAGUCUGUCUCCAAGAAGAGAAGAAGACAACAAGAGACAACUAUGGAAGAAGAGAUUAAGAGGAAGAAGAUGAAACUUCUGGACAGCCAGGAAAGAACAGAAGAAAGAAGAAGCCAGGAGAGACAGCCCAUUCAAGCUGAGCGUCUACCGGAACACAUUAUUACCAACUAUGAGUUCCACUCGAUUCUUGGCCGAGGCAGGUUUGGCAAGGUUUUUUUGGCUUCCAUAACCACGAAGAAAGAUCGCGUGGCUGUAAAAGUCAUCAGGAAGACACCUAAGGACGAGGAGAAGGACAUGAUAGAGAAGGAGGCCAGAAUCCUGAAGGUUGCUUGCGGCAGUCCAUUCUUGUGCCGUGGUCAUGCAGCCUUCCAGACCAAACAAUAUGCUUUUCUGGUGAUGGAGUAUGCAGGCGGAGGCAGCCUCAGCAAUCUGCUGGGCAUCAAGCACCAUCUGAAAAAAAGACAUGUCAUCUUUUACUCUGCAGAACUGAUUUGUGGUCUUCAGUAUCUCCAUUCUCUAGGUAUCAUCCAUCGAGAUCUUAAGCCAGACAACAUCCUGCUUACCAGUGACGGACACAUAAAAAUUGCUGAUUUUGGCAUCGCAGCAGAAGGAGUUUUUGGCCACAAGACCAUCCGUGGGAAAACUGGAACAUGCUGGUACAUGGCCCCAGAGAUUCUUGGUAACAAGAAAUACAACGCGGCAGUAGACUGGUGGUCAUUAGGGAUAAUACUCAGUGAAAUGGCCACUGGAAGAUCCCCAUUUGAUGACCACUACCACCAACAGGAUGUGAGAAGUUCCAUCCUCACUGAGAAGCCGGUGUUUCCUGAGGGGAUGAGCACAACAUUGCAAGAUCUCCUGCAGAAGCUUCUGAAGAAACAGCCGCACAAACGUCUUGGGGUGAAUGGAAAUAUAAGGGAACAUUCACUCUAUAGGAAAACUAACUGGGAAGACGUUGAAAGGCAAAGGAUUUCACCACCAAUUAGAUUUGAAGCUGAUUGCUGUGACUUUAUAAGUACCGACCUGCCAUUCCUGAAUGGCAACACCGCUGUGGAUUCAGAUGACUGCAUUCUCGAAUGCUUUACAUUUGUGAAUCCCAGCUGGCAGGAGUGAGUAAGUAUGUGCUGCCAUGACUUGGCUACUGACAUCUAGCUGGUCAUUCACCUGGCACCUUUAAGUCAUUCAGCACACUGGCUAGCUUCUCAACCAUUUUGUCUGCCCUUACCACCCUCUGUGUUGUCCACUUGCUCACCAGAAAUUUACCAACACCUACUCAAGCCCGUCUUUAGCAUGGCAUGGUACCUGAUGCACUUAAUCAUUCAAAUGCAUUUUUUAUCUGUGUCCAUCAAAGUCUACAUCACAUGACCAUACAAAGUGGCUUUAUCUCUGCCACUACUAUCUGCAAAAGUGACUGGACCACUAAGGAUAUUUGCCCCAUGGUUACACACAUGUCCAUACCACUGCCUGCCCCUCUAGACCAUGCUGCCACUUGUUCCUACUGACGGGAUCACUGCCUGCUUGAUCCUACCUGUUCCAUCUAGCGAUAUCACUGCCUUUUUCAUUAGACUUUACCUGCUCCACCUGGUUCUACCAUCAUUGGCCUUACCACCAAAAACAGCACCUUAUUUAAAAAUCACUAUUUUUGCUGAUUAAACAUUCUGUGCAGUUGUCCCCACUUCUGAUGAGGGGCCAUGUCCUUGGUAAGCCUUUGGGAUAAGGGGUAAUUUUUAAGUGGCUUGCAUAAGAAUCAUAAGACACUGCAUAU